AGAAGAGAAGGAGAGACAGAGAAUCACACAGGAGCUGCUGGUCAGUGCAGUGAUGCUGCUGCAGCAGAGAGGAGAGGGGCUGCAAAGGAAUGAACAAUAACAGACCAAACAGGGAGAACAUGGAAUGUUGUGGUGGAAUGCAGAAUGUUGUGGUGGAAUGCAGAAUGAUGUGGAGGAAUGCAGAAUGUUGGAUUGUCUGGACCGGACAUCAUUAAUGACAUGAAGACAAGUAUGGAGUGAGCCGAGGCAGUGUUUCCCUGGGUAUCUAGUUCUGUCACUGUAACAGUGAGUCCCAGACGGAGGGGAGAUGUAUGCCUUCUACUCCCUGCUAGUUUACAUCUUCUACACUGUCUUCAAGAAGGAGGAGGAAGAAUCCCUGGGAGCUGUUCAGGGCGGAGCCUCAGCGGAGCCAGGACGUGUUUCCAUGGAAACAAGGAGCAGGAGAAGAAAAGGCCACACCCCCAGGAAGGAGAGGAAGAAAAGGGGGCGUGGCAGCAGGUUGAGUGACUCCAGCAGUAGCAGUGAUAGUGACGGCCUGUCCCUGAGUGAUGAAGAUGAUGGUGGAGGUGGUGAAGUGCCCGAUAUCCCAGCAUGCACUCCUCUGGGUGCCUUCCUGUCCUUUAAACAAGAGAACGAGAAAAGGAGGGAGGUCCAGGUGCAGCUAGAGACGGCAGGAAAGUUGAUGUCUGAGUCUCCCUUGGUGGCGGUGAUGUCCCACUUGCUGAGUUUUCUGGAGCAGUACUCCCACCUCCAGCAGCUGCAGCAGCAGGCUGAUCAGUACCGGGUCCAGCUGAAGAGGCACCGGGCCCAGCACCGCCGCCAGAUGAAGACCCUGAGGACAUCGUACCGUCAGAGGCUGAGAGAUAAGAACAGCGUCAUCGACAGCCUGGAGGAGGUCAUCGCCACCCAGCAAUACACACCGAGCACCCCGGGGAGCGACGGUGAGUGUGGUGCUGAUGUCCCUGGUGCCGGGGCAGGGCUCCACAGGCUGGUAGAGUCUCUGUAUGGACUACAGGGAGAGAAGAGCCAGCUGAGGGGAGAACUACGGCUGCUGCACUCCCAACUGGAGCAGAGAGAACAGGACCGACACUCACGAGUACAGGUCUUCCAACAUCAGAUCGACGAACUGAAGAGCUGCAUCGAGGAGCGGGAGGAGGAGCUGUCCAGACUGAGAACGGACUCUGGAGCCACAGACUCGGAGAAGCGGGUUGUGUGUCUGUCAGCGGAGAACGAGAGUCUGAAACAGAGUCUGACUGUCACCCAGGGCCUCCUGCAGCAGCUCUCUGUCAUCCCCUCCCAGUCCAGCUCUAUACUCAUCAAGGAGAAUGAGAACCUGCGCAGCCGGGUGCAGCACCUGGAGAGUUCCCUGCAGCAGAGGGCUGAUCAGCUGUCUCACCUGGAGCGACAGAGCGAACAAAGCGAGUGGAGGAGAGGAGAGGAGCAGAGGAGAAGAGAGGAGAGAGUGAGGGAGUUGCAGCUCGAGCUGGAUAAAGAGAGGGCCAAAGAGCCACAGGUCAAGAUUGUCACUCAAACUGUGGAGGUGGAGUCACCGGUGACUCUGAGGCAGUUGGCUGAGGCCAGAGAGAGGAACGAGCAGCUGUCAGAGAAACUGACCAAUCAGAACGAGAAGUGCAGACAACUGGAGGAGCACAUCAGGAAGUCAGAUGAAUUCAGCUGUAACCUGCAACACAAGAUUGCAGCGUACGAGCGGGAGAUCAGUGUACUGCAGGAGGAACUGCUGAAGGAGAUAGGUCACCUGGAGGAGAAGAAGGAGGAGGCUGUAAAGGCUGCAGCGACCUGCUCCGUAGAACACUUCCAGAGCCUGCAGGACCAGUUCUUUAACCUGCAGAAGCGUCUGACAGCGCUCCCUCCGACCCUGCGCACCAUGAAGACAGACUACGCCAGCCUGAGGAGUCAGGUCCGCAACUUCUCCGACUUCUACGGAGCAGCCAUCACCGACGCCAAGAAACAGAUAUCAGCAGCUAUGACUGAGAUGUCGGAGGCCAACAAGGACCUCCUGGAGAAGUACAGGAAGGAGGUGGCACUGCGGAGGAAGUACCACGAGCAGCUGGUCGAGCUCAAAGGCAACAUCCGUGUGCUGUGCCGUGUGAAGCCGGUUCUGAAGGAGGACCAGCAUGAGGAGGGCCAAUCAGUGGUGGUAACCACGGACCCCAACAACGAAUCAGCUCUCUCCGUGCUGAAAGGGCAGGGCCGCAGCCAUAACUUUGAACUGGACCGUGUCUUCCACCCUCAGGCCACUCAGGAAGAGGUCUUCCAGGAGAUCGAGCCCCUGGUGACAUCCUGUAUAGAUGGAUAUCACGUCUGCAUCUUUGCCUAUGGGCAGACUGGCUCUGGGAAGACCUACACCAUGGAGGGCAGCACAGAGAACCCAGGCAUCAACCAGCGUGCUCUGAAACACCUGUUUAGUGAGAUAGAGGACAGGAAGGACAUGUGGACGUACACCGUGACUGUCAGCUCUGUGGAGAUCUACAACGAGGUGCUCAGAGACCUGCUGAGUAAGGAUGGAGAGAAGCUGGACAUUAAGAUCAACCCAGACGGAACAGGACAGCUGCACGUCCCUGGACUCCGGCUCAUAGAGGUCAAGAGCUUCCAACACAUCAAGAAA